AUGGCAAUAGGGCUGGGGAAGGCUUGGAAGUGCCAGCGAGAGGGCUGGAAUGCGGAACAACAAUAUCUGAAAGAACAUCAGUCUUAUGCUAGGCACAUAUUUCUCUUUUGUUUAGGAUUUCAAUUAAGUCAUGAUGACAGGAACUUGUACAUCUUGAAAUUCCUUAUUCUUAAUGCAAGAGGGCAUAUUCUCUUCUGUUUAGGAUUUUUCCAAGUUUAUGAUGACAGGAACGUGGACAGCUUGGAAUAUUUUAUUCUUAUUGCACCUUCCGGUUUUGGCAGUUCUAGAAAAAUGGCAUUGGCCUCUCUGAGAUCAGGAAAUAAACAGGCUGCUUACAGACAUAUUCGGCAAGCCAAGUUGUUUUCAGAGAAUAAGGCCAAGUGCAUAUCAUUUUUAGAGCGGGUUGAAGAAGUUCUAGCUGUAAUUGCAGAAGCGGACUCCACAAGGAAGGUAUCUGAAGCUAUGCAAAUUGGUGCUAGAGUAAUUAAGGGAAACAUGAUCAGUGUGGAAGAACUAAAUGUCCAACUUCAGGAACUUGAUGGAUUCAUUACUGAUCAAAAGCAAAUUAAUGAAGUCAUAGAAAGCAUGCCACUUCAAUCUGUGGAUUUUGCAGAUGAGGAUGUUGAGGAGGAAUUCAUGAAGCUUGAGAUGGAGCUUGUUGAUGAGAUGCCUCAGACACAUAUACCAAAACCUGCCGCACCGCAGCAAGCUAUCGUUGAGGAAUCACAUGAUACUCUAAGCCAAAAUUUAUCGAAGCUCAACCUGGAAGCGGCUUAACUAGAAUAGACAUUAUUUUACAGUUGCUAAUAGUUUUUCUUAUUGUAAAUAUGAUAGGCAUACAGAGCAUGCAUGG